AUGGGAGCUGGAGGGGGCGUGUCAGCGAGCGGGCUAGGGGCGGGCCGAGUGGCGGCGGCUGGUCCGGUGUCCGGGGAGAGCGGCGGCUGCGGGGACACCGGGAGAGCGGCUCCGGGGGAAGGACGCGGAUCCGGCCUCUCCCCGCUCGCCAUGACCGGCCUCCAGCCCAUCGACCUACUCCUACAGGCGGCACAGUACCUGGAGCGGCGGGAGAGGGGUAAAUACACCCGGGACCUGGAGUCCGAACACGGAUACGCUUCCCUCCCCCUUCCUCGGAGCGAGAAAGCGAGACGAAGGAGGCGGGGCAGGAAGAACGUGGGGAGCAGGUCUACCCACAACGAGAUGGAGAAGCACAGGCGUGCCCACCUGAGACUGUGCCUGGAGCGGCUGCGGGAGUUGGUCGGAGCUGACAACACCAGACACACCACGCUGAGCCUGCUCACCGAAGCCAAGCUGCACAUCCAGACCCUGGAAGAGGUGAGCGAGCAGGCCCGUCACCAGAUCCACCAGCUCCAGUCACAGCAGCGGCACUUGAAGAGGCAGCUGGCGCUGCUGCUGCCCGUCGAGAUGGGCCGAAUGGACAGCACCGGCUCCUCGGAGCUCUCUGAUUCUGAUCGAGAAGCCGAGGACGUGGACGUGGAGGGCAGCGACACGGACUGGACCGGCGGCGACGGGAGUGACUCCGACGCCCCGGGCGUCACCAGCGGCGACGGCUACUUCAGCACCGGCCUCAAGAGGACCAAGCUGUCUUGACCCGCCAAUUGAUCCCGGACGAGCCCCCGCCCGCCCGCCCCCCUCCCUCAGCUUUGUUGGAAGCCUGCGACAGCAGACGAGCCUUCCUGUCGGCCAUCACAGGAUUCACAAGACCCUGAAACACCUGGGGACGUUUGCCCAGGUGCCCGGACGCUGCGAGUGAAGGUUAUGGCCUAAUUCAAAAUGGCAACUUGACCAUCCUUCAAGUUCUCCUUUGGAGAGCUGCCAGCCUACGCUCGAAUUUCUAUUAUCUUCCACCCCAACCCUAGCCCUGAAAGUGAAGCUAUUUUCUUUUCUCCCCCCCUCCAUUUUUAUUUUGUCUCCCCACCCCCCCCCCCCACUCCAUUUUUAUUUUUAAUUUGUUGCCAGAAAACACCACCUCCCUCUCCACCCAACCCUUUGCUUCUCUUAAGUUGGCCGGGGGUGGUGGAUGGGAAGAAAACAGCACUUUUUCGAUCCAGUUUCUGUUGUCCUUCUCUGCCAAGCGGGUGGCCAUCUGCGAUGGCUCUCCCACUGCUUUGGUGGGGGGGGGGGGGAGGGGGGCGGUGAGUUUGGCACAGUGGACCCUCUCAGGGCAGGCCCUACACUCCAGGAUCACCGAGACCGCUCAGGGUCAGGGUGGGUUGGGGGGGCGAACAAAAUGGCGUCCAGAGAGAUCGCUAAGGGUGAAGAGUCACUGUGGGGCCUAGUCGCUUCUGCCAGGCCUGGAGCCUGAAUUAACUCGCUGAAAGCCGGUGGGAGGGGGGCAAGAUAGUGGGCCUUUCUGUCCAACCCAGUGUGUGUAUCCCAUUACUGACCACGUUCCUCCUCCCCCACCCCCCAAAUUUAUUUGUUGGUGAGGGAGAAGGGAGUGGCAUUAAAUUUGAAAUCGGGUCAUCCAAUUCCACGCCAGAGACUGAUGGGCACUUUAAUUUGUCUUCCGAAUGUUGUAAAUAUCUCUUCUGCCUCCCCUCCACCCCUAUCCUCUAAACAUCUUACACUUCCAUCAGUUCUAGUCUUUAUUCCGGGAGGUGAGGUGCGUUUUUUAAUCGACUGAGUGUGUUAGACGUGUGUGUGUGUGAGUGUGUGUGCGCGCGCGAGUGUGUAUAAUUAACGUGUUGUUGUACAAGAUUAAAAACUUUAUUUCGUUA